CCGGGCCCGCACCAGCAAACAUGCAGCAGGAAGAAGAGCCCCCGAAAGUAAUUCCCACAAGUGACAUCCAAACAUGGCUCAAAAAGAUUGAACUAAACCUGCAAGACGUCUGCUCUACAUCUGCUGAAGGUAAACUUAACACUGACCAGAAGAUCAAGAUUAACAACAUGUGUCGCAGCGUGGGCCACUUAGCCUCACAAAUGGCUAUCGAAUACCAAUCCCUAAAAAAAUCACGCAAUCCAAGCAUAUCAGGCCAAGCUCACCAAGAAAAAAUGGACCUCGUACAACGUAUCCAAGACCUAAAGCAGUCGAUUGAGGAAUCCCGCCGACAAGUUACCGGACCUGCUUCGUUUGCCGACGCCCUUAGGAAUAAUGGAACGAGGUACGUCCAGCCCUCUAACGUUAGCUCAGUCGCAAUCUACCCGGUCGACAAGUUGAAAUCGAGUGAGGAAACCAAAUCUCUCGUUCAAAAGAUUAUCCGGCCCGACGAAAUGAAGCUACACGUGAGAGGGUUACGCAAGAUCAAAAAUGGCGGUGUAGUGAUAAGCACUGACUCAAAAGAAGACGUAAUAAAACUCAAGCAAUCAGAGCAGCUUACGACCUCUGGACUCACCGUUGACGAGCCACAAAAACGCAAGCCCAGAAUUGUAGUCAUCGGAGUUCCCGCGGAUAUGCAGGAACCUGAAGUCCUGAAGUGCAUAUACCAUCAAAACUUAGCCGAUAAAUUACAAGAUUGGUCGCUCGAAAAAUUUAUGGCUUCCACUAAGCUAAGUCACAAAUCCGGAAAAAAGGACGCCGAGACCUGUAAUGAUAUAAUUGAAGUUUCUGGAGUAAUACGCAAGGCCCUAAUUACGAACGACAGAGUUUUUGUGAAUUGGUCAUCGUGUCCUGUUAGGGAUUUCUCCUUGGUUACGCGCUGUUUCAAAUGUCAGCUAUACAAUCAUGCAGCGAAGACCUGCAAAAUGGAUAUUAACAUCUGCGGCCACUGCGGCGAAGCGGGUCACUCAUUCAAGGAAUGCACAAAAAAGGACGAAGCCCCAAAAUGUGCAACAUGCUCGCACUACAAAAAACAAUGCAACCACCAAACCGGCGACGCCGCAUGCCCAGCUAGACAAAUGGCCGAAAAAAGGUAUCUAAACUCCAUAGAUUACGAAGGCGCCUAGGAGCGCCAACUUUUCACAUAUUUUUUAUAGCACUUCUUGUUUGAUUAGUUUAACUAUACUUAUGAAUAAUAGCAUAUUCUCUGGCCUAGAUAGUUUCUCUGUAUCAGAGUCUAAAGCAUACCACAGAGCUGCCCUACUAACCCUCUAUCGUAAAUCACGUAAUACAUGCACGCACGCGUAAUUUGUCAAUAAAUUAAAUAUAAACAAACUUGGAGAUAAUUUACGCAAUAUUGACUUUGGCCCCGUUUAUAAUUCUGCUGAUGCAGAAAAUAUAUGCUGUACUUGAUUAAAAAUGCCCAACAAGAAAUCUUACUUAACACCAAUAAGACACGUCUAAAUAGUAAGAAUUACAUGUAUUCAAACAGUACAAAAAAAAAUUUUUUUUCAUCUAGAUUAUUUGUCCUUUUGGGCCCAUUUUUGUACAUCAGGUUAAAUGCAAUACUAGACUUAUACCCACUUAGCUAUCUUUGUUGUAAGAACACUCUUCGACGCGCCCGUCAAAGAAUGACGUACGAUAAUACAGAGAACCUACUAAUAGUCGUAAAAUGAUUACCUACUGCACUGUGAUAUUUAAUACUUAAGAACCUACUUCUUUGUUACGGUGAUUACAGUUAUAUUGUGUAACACAUGUAGUUUAUAAGUGAAUAAUUAAAAAUUGAUUAAUAUUGUCCUUCACUGCCUGAAACACAGGGAAUCCUAGUUUAGGCAUUUGUAAACCACUUGUCUCUAUAUAAAUUCUUAGUCUUUAAGAACAACCACUGUACUAUACUUUUC